AUGUCACACACGGUAACCAUAACGAGGACAACUGCUACCACAUCGGGUUCGCCGCUCUUUGUCAACACUAGCUACAUUGGCACUUUACCUGGCUUACUUAAAUUGGCACAACUGCUACUUGGAGCGGCCUGCGUCGGUGUGGUUAGCUAUUACUUCGAGCCGAGAUAUGUGAAAUACAAUGAUCAGAAACCAGAGUUAUUCUUCCUUCUAAUAUCAGUGGCAUUUUUAAUAGGAACAUUCUGUUUGCUUCUGUCGUGCGUAAUGUCAUUUUCAACAGCUACUAUGAUAUCCAAAACGUUGUAUGAAGUCGUAUAUCACGGGAUUGCGUUCGUGCUCUACCUAGCGGCGGGUCUUACGCUUUUGAUAGAAGUGAAUCAUCGGAGAAGUGGCUAUAGGAAUGAUUUUGAACCCUACCUGGCUGCCGCUGUCAUGGGUCUCGUGAUGGCGAUCCUUUAUUUAUUCAGUACAUUCUUGGCGAACCGCACCUACAGAGGCUUAUAA